AUGCGUCCUCUUUCCUUAAAAGGACACGAUCGUGCUUUGACUCGGGUCCGCUUCAACAGAGAAGGAGAUCUCCUCUUCACUGCUGCAAAAAAUAAAUCUCCCUGUGUGUGGUUCACAGAAAAUGGAGAGAGAAUAGGAACAUAUGACGGACACAACGGAGUAGUCUGGGAUCUCGAUGUAUCCUAUGAUUCCACCCGAAUGGGAACCGCCUCCGGAGAUAACUCAAUCAAGAUUUGGGAUUGUGAAACCGGAAGCAACCUUCAUACCAUCAACAUUCCAACUCCUGGUAAAGCCGUUAACCUUUCCUACUCAGGAAAUUUGGUUGCCUAUGCCACAAUGAAAAUGACCAAGAACUUGUCCGUUCUGGCUAUUUUGGAUACCCGUGAUCCUCAGCAAAUGACUACAGGAGUUGAAUCACCCUUGUUCAGUGCCCAAUCAGAACAAUCCGCUACUUGCUGUAUCUUCAACAGUUUGGAUGACAAAGUAACUGUUGGAUAUGACAACACCGGAAGACUACUCCAGUACGAUCUCCGUAAGGAUGAUGAGCCAAUCGCUUCUAACGAAAGUGUCCACCGUCAAGGUAUCACUGAUAUGCAACUCUCUCCUGAUGGAACUUUCAUCAUCACUUCAUCUCGCGACAAAACCGCUGCUCUUCUUGAUGUCAACACUUUGGAACACUUGAAAACUUACAGAUCUGAGAGACCCGUCAACUCAGCUUGUAUUUCCCCUAUUCGUGAUCAUAUUUGUCUUGGAGGAGGAGAAGACGCUAUGAUGGUAACACAAACUGCUGUAUCCGCUGGUCAUUUCGAAGCUAAAUUGUAUCAUUUGGUCUUCGAGGAGGAGUUCGCUCGAUUCAAGGGUCAUUUCGGUCCAAUUAAUACCAUGGCUUGGCAUCCAGAUGGAACCACACUAGUAACAGGAGGAGAAGACGGUUACGUUCGAGUGCAAACUUUCGAUGAUGAUUAUCUUGAAUUUAAAUAUGAUUAUUAA